AUGAUAAAUCAACCAAGAGUUUCAGGUUUUGAGUCUGUAAACUGCCUGAUAGAAGAUAUGAAGGUGGUGGCUGCUUAUUUGCUUGCAGUGUUGGGAGGGAACCCAUCCCCUUCUGCCACUGAUAUCAAACACAUCCUUAGCGCAGUUGGAGCUGAUGCGGAGGAGGACUUGAUUGAGUUGCUCUUAACUGAAGUCAAGGGCAAAGACUUCAAUGAGCUACUCGCUAGUGGAAGUGAAAAGAUGUCUGCAGUGUCUGGUGGUGGUGGUGGCGCGGUUGCUGUCGCUGCUGCACCAGCUGGAGGAGCCGGUGGUGCUGCCCCUGCUGCUGAAGCAAAGGAAGAAAAGAAAGUGGAAGAGAAGGAGGAGUCCGACGAUGAUAUGGGUUUCAGUUUGUUCGACUAA